AUGUCUGAACGAGGAUCAUUCCGCGGUCGUGGUGGUGGCCGUGGUGGUCGCGGCGGCCAGCAGAAAAGUGGCGGUGGUGGCGGUGCACAGGAGAAGCCCAAGAAGGAAAACAUCUUGGACCUCAACAAGUACAUGGAGAAGGAGGUGCAAGUGAAGUUCAACGGUGGUCGUGAGGUCACUGGAACCCUCAAGGGCUAUGAUCAACUGAUGAACCUGGUUCUCGACGAUGUCAAGGAGACCAUGCGUGAUGACGAGGGCAACAAGACAACCCGCUCAAUGGGUCUGAUCGUCGCCCGAGGCACCCUGAUCGUGCUGAUUUCACCUGCAGAUGGCAGUGAGGAGAUCCCCAACCCCUUCCUGCAAGCAGAGGAGUAA